AUGCCAACCAAGGCGCUAUCGAGCCGUUUGCAAGGGCUCAAGUUCAUGCAACGCGGUGCUCAGCGUGAAGCUGAACAGGCAGAGGCGGACAAAGCAGACGCUUCGUCCAGAACGAGAUUCAACAGCGAGCGUCAUGACGAUGAUGAGGACGUCGAUCCAAGUCCUACAACAGCUACAGAUUCAUCAAUGUCUGAGCAAUGGGUCGUACCUUCUUACUUUCGCGUAAAACCCAGAAAUUCUGUACAAGAACCAGAGCAAUGGGAAUCAUGGUUUCUCAAUGCCACAGCGGAGGAUCAGACUCCAACCAGACAACAAUUUGGUGCUUGGAAAGAAGAGAUCCACCGACCCAAAGCGCAACGCUCUGAGAACCAUUUAGAUCCUGCUUAUUCCGACGACGCGACAGAUGAUGAAGAAUUUAGCGAUAACGAAGAAGAUCAAGAUAUGGACGAAAGCAUAAAUCGGCGCGUUUCUGAGACAUUCCGUAAAAGUCAAGAUUUUCGUAAGCCACCAAGUGCAUCUAAUGGGCCCAAAACAGGUACGAAACGACGUGCUUCAGGUGCAAUCCCUCCUAAACAACCCAAAAUAGCCGCUGUGGCAGACAAGUCAAAGGGUUUGCGCAAGAAGAAAGAGUCGCCUUAG